GUCGCACCCCGUUUUUAACAUAAGUAAUGGCUAAUCAAACACGUGAUAUAACUGAGUUGCCAAGACCCAUACUAGGUACUCAGCAAGUGAGUAAUCCUCAUUCAACAAUACUCGGGACAUGAGCGAGUAACUCAGCUGGGUGAGUAAAAAUUCUACUACUCGACUCGUGAGUACCCAGUGCGCAUCCCCUCAGGGGAUGCGCUAAAAGCCAGUCAAAUUGUGUAUUUUCUUACAAUUGCUAAUAUCCCGCUCAUCUGGUCCUACGAGUACCAAGCUAUAGUUCUGAGAUGUCCUGUACCAACAAUCAAAGAGACAGUGUAGAGAAUAGCCAGCCGUGACAAGCCGCACUCAUUUUGAUUGGUGCAACGCUGUAACCUCCCUGUCCAGCCGCUCAGAUAUUAACGACCCAAUGGGAACUUAAACUCGAAAGGAGCAGCCAUUUGGGGUAGAUGUUCGGCAAAAGACGUGAGAAGGUUGCACAUAUUGAUGGUCCACCACCUUCUAGAUAAAUUCCAGCACCAUUUCUGUUAUGGUUUCGCCCUGCUAUACAUUCAAUUUUUGCUGCCAUCAGUUUUUUAUAAGACCUUAACGUCUUGUGGAAGGCUUUGCCUCUGAUGAAUAAUGAUUUGAUCCCCACGAGGCUGUCAGGGAAGGGAGACUCAGCCAGACAACGUUCGAGGGAAUCGAUGUCGACAAUAACAUUCUCAAAAGCCAAAUGAUGCGCAGCUCUGUACCUGAACUAUGAUUUUAGACUAGUUUCACUCUGAGGAUAUGGGAGUCGAACCAAGCCUUGCACAAAAGCAGUCUUUCUGUCUGGUCUCGGAGAUAUUCCCCCCCAACAAAAGUAGCUAUGGCCGAGAGUAUUUCAGGUGGGAGGUCUGUGAGGGAUAACAUGCUGUAAAUAUCCGGUCUUGCAAAACCCGUGAGAAACAUUCUUAGACAGCUGAGUCAACAGGAUUAUGCGAGGCUGAAGUACCUUGACAUGGCGGGAUAGGAUCCGAUUAGAUUAGAUCAGACGACAUCCAGACGAGAACAACGACGCAUCAUAAAUAAAGCCUAAUACGUCAAGGAAAGAAAGAAAUAUAGCAUAUGUAUGCUUCACGACUAUAUCUUAACACUUUACUUUGCUUAGUACCGUUAUUCCACCCAUUUGUUUGAAAUCACACUGCCUUGCAAAAACACUUUACACGGGCGCGUUACCAUCAAACGUGUCCCGCUCCUAGCGAGGUAGAUCAGGCGGAGAUGUUCACUGUUCGUGAAUUUCUAGCCCAAGCAAAUACUCGAGAAAAUUUGCGGCUUUCACAAUGCUGGCAGAGUCUGCCUAAUACUGUUUGGCUAGCAGGCGGUUAAAUUUCAAUGUCGUAUAUCUAGAGACUAGUCUCCAGAGCUGCGUGUGAUGUCAUCUUCACAGCCAUUUGAGCAAUCAUCUCCUACCGCUGGCGGCGAUGCGACCAAGCAAUCACAAUUCACAUAUAGACAGCUUGCCCAUCUUGCCCUCUCUUCGGUAACAUGCCCGCUUCGAGUCAUUGCCCAUAUUGAUCUCGAUGCCUUCUACGCUCAAUGCGAAAUGGUGCGAUUAGGCGUGCCAGAGGACAAGCCUCUUGCUGUGCAGCAGUGGCAAUCCCUCAUCGCCGUCAAUUACCCAGCCCGUAAGUUCGGCAUAUCAAGGAUGAUCACGGCCAAGGAGGCAAGAAAGCUAUGCCCAGAUGCCAUCCUACAGCAUGUGGCAACGUGGAAAGAAGGCGAUGUGAAAUGGGCAUACCACAAAGAUGCAUCUGCGAACAUGGCCACGCACAAAGUCUCUCUUGAUCCAUAUCGGCUGGAGUCUCGGAAGAUUCUGGCUUGCAUGAAAGAAUGCCUUCCGCCAGACUUGCAAAGGGUUGAGAAGGCAGGUAUAGAUGAAGUCUUUCUGGAUUUAUCUGCACAGGUUCAUACCAUCCUUCUGGACCGUUAUCCCGAACUUUCGUCGCCACCUAAGGAUCUAUCCGAGUUUCUGCCGCUGCCCCCAACCACUGUAUUGGAUUGGCAAGCAGACGCCUUGGUCGACCUCGACGCUAGCGAAACAGAAGAUGAUGAUCCGGAUUGGGAUGACGUGGCUAUCCUUCUCGGCUCGGAAAUAGUCCGAGACGUUCGGGCUGCUGUCAGCGAGCAACUGAAAUACACGUGUUCUGGCGGAAUUGCGCACAACAAGAUGCUAUCCAAGCUUGGUUCGGCGCAUCGCAAACCGAACCAACAGACGGUAAUCAGGAACCGAGCUAUACAACAAUUUCUUUCCGACUUCAAGUUCACCAAAAUCAGAAAUUUAGGGGGGAAAUUGGGUACCCAGAUUGUUGACACCUUCGAGACAGAUACAGUUUCGGGGCUACUUGAGGUACCAGUUGAACGGUUGAAGCAGAAGCUGGGCGAUGAGACUGGCAGUUGGGUCUAUCAGACCAUCAGAGGGAUUGAUCAAAGUGAGGUUAAUUCACGGACACAAAUCAAAUCAAUGCUCUCAGCCAAGUCAUUCCAGCCGAGUAUUAACAGUCGAGAACAGGCCUCUCGGUGGUUAAGGAUAUUUGUCGGUGAUAUCUACGCGCGGCUAGUCGAAGAGGGCGUCUUGGAAAACAAGCGCAGGCCAAAGACUAUAAACCUCCACUUCCGGCACGGAGGUCAGACAAAAUCUCGUCAGAUGCCAAUUCCAUUGGGGAAAACCAUUGAUGAGACGAUAUUGUUUGACCUGGCGAGCAAGCUCCUUGGUCAGAUCAUCCUCGAAGGGAACGUGUGGCCCUGUGCGAAUCUGAGUCUUAGUGUUGCCGGGUUCGAAGACGGCAUUACAGGAAAUAUGGGCAUUGGAGGGUUUUUGCUGAAAGGCGACGAGGCAAAGGCUGCUCGAGAAAAUUAUUAUAGGUCGGAUAAUGGGGCAUCAGACAGGCCAGAGAAGAGGCAGAAGACAGAACAUGGCGUGAGGAGUAUCCAAGGGUUCUUCUCUAAGCAGCCUGGUACUGACGAGUCGGAUAAGCAUUGGGAAGGCGGGGACUGGCCAUUCGAUGAAGAGGACAAUAUCACAGCAACACGCCGAAUCCACGCACCCCAGUCCGGAUUGAAGAACGCAUCAAUAACAUCAUAUUUCUGCAAGCAGUGCAACGAAUCGUUUGAAUCCAACGAUUCAUUUCAAAGCCAUAAUGAUUGGCACUAUGCGAAAGACUUGCAAGAUGAAGACCGAAGACUGUCGCGUACCCCUCAACCUCGACCGAAGCCCGGUCCAGGGGAAAAUAAUAAUAAAGGGAGCAAAAAGGACGCUGGCAAAUCAGAAAAGGGACAGCGCAAGCUUAGUUUCGGUUGAUUUUCAUGGCAAAUACUCAACUUAUUCCCCGCACAGCCACCAGCCGUGCAGUCCCUACCUUGAAUACCAAAAUUUGAACGGGAGGCUGAAACAAGCCUCGUCGAGAAGAACCUUUCGAAGUCAACGUCAUGGCUGCCCCACGUGUGUGAAGGAACAUGCGCGGAGGAUAACGACUGAUAUCCUCGCACUUCUCCUGACCGUGAGGCGGGCUUGUUUUCACCGCCGUCGCCGAUAUCAUGCUUCCCACGGCAGAGGCCCCUUCCCAUAACAGCCUCGUGUUUUUUUACAACAGACGGACCCUGCCACCAAAAUCUGGUUCGGUACGGUCCGUUGACGAAUACAGGUAACCAAUCAGCAUGUCUUGCUUUUAGCUACCUGACCCAGAUCGGUCUCGAAUUCACGUGAUUGUUAGAUCUGAUAUGCCACGUCGCGACCUCCAAUGAAUGUAUCGCGAGGCAACCUGUCCGCCAACAAGCAAAUCCACCACAAAACCCAAUGAAAGAUUUGUCAGGACAAAUCAUAACAAUCAGAUGACUGCGAAGAACAAAGUGGGUUGGGUGGUUGGACUAUCGCUGGUUGUAUGUACAGCUUGUACACGGAAGUACCCAUUGGCGCACCACCGGCGUAGAUACCCGACAAGGCAGCUAUGCUUUUUUGGUCGCGUUGGUGCCCGAUGGGCCCAAGCUGUGGCGACGGCACGCACUGGAGGUAACUGGUGGCGCUGGGAUACGCUGACAGGAUGGUUUUCCUAGCUGCUGUGCUUCUGUAUCAAUCUCGGCGAGUUAUGCGCUGCGUAGUUGUCCUUGCAUGCCAACCAGGUUGUUGGAAUGGUCGUGGGGUGCUGGAUUGUGGAUAAUAUCGCAGCACGGCAGCGCCCAACGCGUCGUGUAAUGCCGCAAUAUCUUCAGGCAGAACGCGCUCUUGAAGAGACGGAGCAGGGCAGGUGAGCUCUCCCUGCUACCGGUGAGCAUCUGAAGCUUGCCCUUGUCUCGUCUACCAUCUACCGAAGGGCGGCUCUCGGGCUGUCGGUUGCAUCGAUGGGUCUAGAGCGGUUCUCGUUGAAGUUGAAGUUGAAGUUGAA